AUGCGGCUUGUGGGGAAGGGUGGGUUACAGUUGGUCUUCAGCCAUGUGGUCAUAUAUGGACAGGGUGCUAUUGUAGAGCUCAUGCCCAGCACCGUUCCUAAACAAACCGUGAACCCAGCUGAGAAUGGGAGCUCGCGAAAAGAGGCGACGAUGGAGAAGGAGGCCAGCUAUAAGGCGAAACGCUACGCUUUAAAGUAUCAACCUCCAUGUAUUUUCUUGGAGUACGAGGAUACAACCAAGAAUCGGCGGGUCAGGGCGCACGGUUCUAUACAGGUCAAGCUUAAUGGAGUUCAAGCUGAUGUAGACGUGGACCGGCUAACACGGAAGGUCCGCCGUCUUGUGGUCGCUUUGGUUGACUUUCUCAACAACGAAUCCAACGGAGUAAACGGCGCUAAUCCCUCAACACCAGCAACAGCGGGAGUUGCUAAUGGGCUUGGCCCGGCACGUAACGGCACUACUUCACAUGUGCCGUCACGGCUGGGCCCCGGCGGCGGCGGCAGCAACGGCGGCGGCACCGUUGCCACGGGUUCCAAAGCCUUAAGCCGUGCACAUACGGAUCUCAACCACCGCAGCGGUGCUAGCAAUGGCGGCGCCGCCGGCGUAGCGGCGCCGCUACCGUCCAUGUCGCCCCGGGGACUAGACCCCCGGAACGGUCCGGCGGCGCGAUUGGCCAUGUUGGGCCUGGAGGACAACUGCCGUGGCAGCGUCGAGUCGACCAUGAGUCGAUUCUCGACAAGUACGGCAAGCCCCAGCAGCAGUGGCGGCGGUAGUAGCGGCCGCUGCAGCGGCAACGACGUUGAGGAAGAGGACGAGGGUGAGGAGGUGGACGCCGUAGGGCGAGGUGGCGACCGAGGUGGCGGUGGCGGCGCCAACAGGUUGGACUUCGCGCUGGACGAGUUGGAGAAGGAAAUGGCGGGAAUGGGAGACUCCGGCUCGGACUUCUCUUCCAUGGUCGUGCACGGGGGUCCCAGCGGCACGGGCUCCCUGGGGGUUUCUUCGGAGCUGGGUUCGGACUCCCGUACAUCCUCGGUGGUUUCGGGGCUGCGGGAUACCAAACCCCUGCCGCCCUUGCCACCACUGACCACGACCGCCGCAACCACUACGGGCUCGACCGUCACGGCGCCGCCGCCGCCGCCGCCGGGCAGCCGGACGGGGGCCUCCCUGGACGCGUCGGCGGCAUCCGCAAUGGCGGUGGCGGCGGGUAGCGGUGGAGGUGGCGGCAAGACCCGUUUCGCUGCGGAGGCGGAGAAGCUGGUUAUUGGACUGGAGCUGACGGACGAACUGGAUUUGAAUAAGGUUACGGAGGUGGAGUUGCGGCUGGCCAAGCAGGCCAUGGAGUCCGACUUCAAGAAGAACCAACUCAAGCCGGGGGAUCCCGGCUACGUGUACGACAAGCAGGAGGACUUUGGACCGCCCACAGAGAUCAACGACUGGGACGACAGCGAGGACGAUGAGGAGGCUGAAGCGUCUGAGGAGCCGGAGGUGGACUGGGAGGACAUCCACGCCUCCGUGUCGAAACCCAAGGGCGCCUUCAGUUCCUUAAAGGCGAACGCGGGACUUAGCUCCGAAGAGGACACCACCAGCCGUAACGCCCACAGCCCAUACAACAGCAAUGACUGGCCCUCCGCCCUGGCAUCCACUUCCUCGCCAAACACUCAGACCCCAGCCCUCCUCUCUGCCAUCUUUCACACGCUCCACAACCCCGACCCCGCACACCAACCCGUGUGUCUGUCUGUCUAUCCACCUGUCCCGUCCGGGCGCACAGAAGGCACGGCGCUUCAGUGCCGCCAAUUCCAAAGCCAGCGGCUGCACGACCCGGACCGCCCGCACCGCCAGGAGGUGUCGCCAGUGCUGCUGCUGCUGCGGUUUAGCCAUCCACGUCUCCUGGCUUUCAAUUCCAGCAAAUCCAACGAACCCCCCGGGAGAUCCAAAGCAUAAGAACGACUAGCGAAACCAACCCCUCCCUCCUCCAACAGCCCCGGGAAACACCCAGACCCCUCCGCUUUCUCUCUGAUGUCCGUUCUCUCUCCUUCGAACGCAGUGCACCGCCUUUAAGCUUUAGCGUAGCGCAGUAGCCUUCGCUCCUUUUCCGAUACACGGCGACCCCCCGUCCCGCUUCGCUCCACCACUCCACUCUUCUGCCGUAUGCCCACCGACUGCGGCCCCCCUCGGCUGAGGUCCC